AUGUUCCCGAAUAUCAUCCAUCGAGAAAUCCCAACUGCAUAUCACGAUGGCCCCAACAAAAACUUGACGAAGAACAACUUGAACACAAAAAUCACCGACAUUCCUCGAUCGAAGAACCACUGGUCGAUCAAGUUCAUCCAUGGAUCGAAAUUAGAGCUUGGAAAAAUGUCGCAGCGACAACCGAUACGAAAUUGUAAAAGGAAGGUGAUUAUUAGCAUGAAGAUUAAUAAUGUUGGAAAGACAAACACGCGGGAAGAAUUUGUACUAGUGGAUCACGUGCUGGAUCCGGUAAAAAUGCGAAAAAUCCAGUUGCAUAAUCCAUACGUCAUUAAAGUCCGCCAAGAAUCUUUGCUGCAUUUAUACGGAUUAAGAUUUCAAGGCGGCUUUUGCUGUUCUUGCGAGGACGCACAACACGUCCAAAGUUUCUACUCGACCGCCGCCAAGUCAAACUAUCACCAGUGGGACGGCAACGCAAACAGAGCUCGCAACAGGUCCGAGUCGAGCACGAAUUUAUUUGACAAUCCGAAGGCACAACGCCAGCUCGAAGCGAGCGAGAACGAGGAACACGACCGCGACGACGAGCCGGAGAACGCGCGAGAACGAGUAACGAGCCACAAUAUUUCCGCUGUUAAUGGUCUACUUGGCGAGCGUGCGCCGCCUCUUCGGAAUCGACAAGAAGACAAAUGGGACAAUUCGACUGGAUUGUCCGAAGACAUUUCUCGGAAUGUGAAUCGCGCGUCGCCUAUAUCGAAAAAUAUAUUCUUCGAUCCAAUGCCAAGUAAAGAAAAGAUUGAAGCCUACAUCAAUAGCGUGUAUGAGCAAUCCAUGAAGGAAAAGGCCAUGAAGCAAGAGGAUAAUAAUAGGAGUAACGAUUUAUUGGACGGGAACCUCAGCAAUUGGAAAAGUAGACUGCAAGAAUCAAGCCCGCAGAUCAUCGAACGGCGGAUUAGCGACGGCCAAUUUCCGAUUCGUGGAUCAGUCAUGGAUAAUCCUAGAAACUCGACUGCGAAAUUAAUGAAUACAAAAAGUAAUUAUGAUUUCAGUGAAUUAAAAUUCCGAGAAACGAGCCCGCGGUUCUUCGACUGUCGGAGUGACGGCCAAUCUUCGCUUUCCGGCUCAGUUGCGAAUGUUCCACGAAAUUCAACUACGGAACUAACGAAGUUAGAAAAUGAACAGGGCUUUAGGAAAACAGACAGCAAAGAGGAUAAUCGAAAGUUUCUCCAGCUGGAAAAAUGCGACAGACUGGUGAACGUUUCGGAAAGUGGAAAUCGCGGGGAAAGGGCGAGGGAUCGAUCCCGCGGCGCAAUUCGGCUGGAAAAUACCUUCGAUUACACACCAACAUCUCUGGCGAUACACUCGUCGCGAAUUCCGGAAGAGAGUCAAUUUUCGAGACGGACGGAAAAGAAUGUAUUCUCUGCGCUGCCUGAUAACGAAAGUUUUGUUACGCCUGCUGGGUCUUUCGCUUCGUCCGAGAUCCCGCUUCGGAGCGAUACUAAUUAUAAGAAUAUUAAUUACAGCGUCACAUCGUCGAUGAAGUCGAAUGAUUUCGAGAAAGAUGUGAUCGCGCUGUUAUCGAAGAUUUUAAUAUCCGAUACGCACUCGUCAACGGCGAGCGAAAGACGUCAAUAUGGAUUUAGGGUGCUGGAGAACAUCGCGAAUAAUGUUAGCGCGUCGAGAAACGCGUCACUCGAGAGGAAGAACUUAAGUGCACUCGCGAUUCGAAAUGAUAAUGCGAGCAGUGCGCGGGGAAAGGCAGGAAAUGCUAAUGUAUCAAUGCGAAUCUCGGUCGUUCCUGCUUUUACAAGAUUACAAAAUCUCUCUUCUUCCGUUGGAAUUUCGAGGCUGGAAGAAUUAUCCGCGCUUACUGCCGCCACCGCUCGUCCCGCGGAUAAAUCAUCGACGAGAAUCCAGGAUUCGAAAACUCGCGGUUUGUUAUUGGCGAACGGGAUACGCGGAUCCUCCUCCGACGACUAUGAAAAUUUAUAUGACGGCCGAGAAACACGCAAAAUUUACAACUCGCCCGAGCGUGCGUCGAAACAUGUGAAUUUGAAAAACGGUUACAAGUUCCGGAAGCGCGGUCGAAAGUUGCGGAAGUCGAAGGACGCGAGGAAGUUUCGAGACAAAAGCGACGCAAAACGCUUCGGCAAGUCCUUGUUAAGCCGCGAAUCGACAUGGAAACGCGACGGAUUUUCGGAUGGAUUUUCGCUGCGCGAGCAACAUUUUCAAAAACGUCUUCGGAGAAAUCUUCAAACUAGAAAUAAAAAUUUUAAUUUCACGAACGUUCAAAAAGCAAGAUUGAGAAAUGAAGGUUCGCGUCGUAAAACGCGAGUUUUCGUAGAUUACAAUGAUCAACCUAACGCAGCUCACUCUAAAUGCGAAAUGUCGGAGAUUAGAGGAAGCGGAAGUCCGAGGAAACAAGUGAUUUUGCAAUCCGGUCAUUCCUACAGGAAAGUCCAGCCCGAGAAGAGCGAUAAUCCAUUCCUCUUCAACAAUGAGGGCGGAAAAGAGAGCAACGUCGAUAAGCGGAUCGAGGACAAGUUCGCGCGAAUAAGCGACGUCCUGAAGGAGGACUCGCCCGCCGAGAAGAUGGAAAUUAUUCAAAAAACUCCGGAGAAUUCUGGAGCAGUCGCAACGAGCGUAGUCGCAAGUGCCGAUAUCCCGAAAAUUCCGGACGACGAACCGAAGGACGAUUUGUUUUCGCGCAAGAGUGACAAAUCGGAUGAGCCGGUUAUGAAUCGGGACGACCAAGUGACGCGCGAAUAUCCUGCAAAAUCGAUCGAUACACUUCAGCGAGCGAUUGCGAACGGAAACUAUCUCACGACUGCGAAAUUCAUGCUGACGAACAACGAAACCGCCGCGACUUCGUCAGCAAUUACGCGGAAAGAUGAUCCGUUCGACUAUAAGGAGUCCGCUGCUCUCAAACCGGAAGUAAAACUAUCUUCUACCAUUUUCGGUCCUUUUUUGUCAUCUCCGAUUAUGAGAAUACCUGAAUACAAUGCUUCGAAGAAGAUGAAUUUCGACGAGUCGAGAAGUUCGACUUAUGCAAACCACUUCGCAACGAGGCGAAUGAAAUUUUUCACGCGGAAACUUCCGCCGGCGACUCCACGCGGCGGAAAUGUCAAUGACUAUUUCGAGGACGUCAGCGGUCCACUUAGAACAUCGCCCAGCGGCUGGAUGAGUUCCAAGGAAGCGGCAACAACUUCUAUAGCGCUGAAUAAUCGAAAGCAGGGCGAAGGAGACGGAGCGGAGAACGCGAGAUUCCUCGGGCUUAAUAACGACUCUUCACGCGUGAUUGCCGGCAAUUUUGCGGGACCUCGGGGCUUGCCGGUCAAGCCAGAGCCUUCAUUACGCGGUAGCGAUUCGGUUAUUAAGCCGGAGGAAACCGCGCCGAGCGGCAACAAGGAUGCAGAAGACUCUCGUUAUACUGAGGAUCCGCUUCUAGAGAAUUCGAAUAGCGUUCUGGCGAACGGCGAGUCCUCUGGGAGGUCGCAGAAGUCUCGAGAAAAAGAUGAGAUUGCCGAGUUGGUGGAUCGAAUUGUAAGACAGUAUGCGUCGUACACGCCCGUCAUGCCGGGCAUGCCGACAUUCAACGAGAUCACGGAAGCGGAAACCUUGCCGCCCGAUGAGGAGACAACCGUCACUCAAUUCGCGACGACAUCGGCGACCACCACGAUGAUCACAGACGUGGCUUUCCGACCGUCGAUACGUCCCCUGCAAACGACGUCAUUUCCGGAAGAGAUGCACGACGAGGUCUCGCUGGACGAGACCACCUUUGCUGAUGAAACGGAAGUCACGACGACACGUCAGAAAACGACAAUUACUAAACGGAAAUUUCAACAUGGAAAAUCUAAGAUAAAUAUCUCGUCGAAAGGAAAAGCGAGCAAAAGCGGAAAACAACGGCAGAAAAUGACUAAUUCUACGAUGAAUAUAAAAAUGACGAGUAGAAGAGUGAGCGAAGAGGAAGCUGAGGAUCAUCCUUGGCAUCGUACAACGGAGAUGCAACAAAUAAUCCCGGCGAAUAAAUCUAAGGCACUACAGAGAGCCGAAAAAAGAAAGAAAGCAUGUAGCAAGUCUAAGAUAGAUUAUUUUCGGAACGCUUUCUCGGAAUGGACUUCAUCGAUGAUGAUUACUUCCAGCGCCGUGGACGAUAUUGCGCAGGCGAGAAGCAAGAGGUCGGACUUGAAUCUUGAUUUUUCAGUCUUCAAUGAUUAUGAAGCAAAAGAUGAAAAAGAUCGGCAGAGUAGAAAAGUGGCGUGGAAUAAAAACGGAGAAUCUUUGGAUAUGGCAGAGCCGACUGAAUUACGUUCUGGAAUUGAAAAAAGAUUAGCCGGAUUGGAUUAUCCUGCGAACCGGAAAUCCUUUCAGCACAAUCGCGAAAAUCGGAAUCAGUCACAAAGGAACAAUGUUACUCUUCAAGAUAUCAUGGCGCAUAAGAUCGAACUUCAGGCCGUCAACGAUCUUGAGCGAUAUUUCAAUGUAGACGCGCAAAAGAAGGAGCCGAAUACGCAAGGCAAUUUAAAAAACUUAACUUUCCCGAAGCCACAUCAUGUGAGAGAUGACGUAGUUAGUAAAUUUGAGGAGAACAUUUUGUUGAAAAAUUGCAAAGCUACGUCCGCGACACGUGGCACUCUGUCUCCGGAUCUGGUAAAAAUUCCAACGUCGCGGGAAGAUCUUUCCGGAUCGGUGCACGAAAGGUUGGAAAUCGAUCGGAGAACACAGAUGAGGAAACGUGACUUCGGCGAGCGCGCGGUGGUCGACAGGAUCGUGAUGAUGCGAAAAAUCGCGGUAAACCUGUCGGAGAACGCAAGAACCGCGAGCGCGAACGCGGACGAUUUGUCGAGCCGUGUCGCGGAACCGCGGCAGAAGUCGAGGACGACGGAUCGGAUAUUACCGGGUUCCGCAAAAAAACCCGGGAACCGAGACAAAAGUCGUGAAACGGAUACCAUCGUUCGCGGCGCGAAAUUGAUGAUAACGGACGAUAAGAGCGAGACGCGCGAUCUUGACGUCACGGCUAAAAGUGUCGAUAAAAAGAUUCCGCCGCCGCCGCCGCCGCCGUCGUUCUCCGUUGUAAAACAACGAAAACGCGAGGACGCGAGUAAGAUUAAUGAAAAUCCGGUGGACCCUCGAGUGCGUCGCGUCUACGCCAGAGAGGAAUAUCUUCGACGUCCUCGAGGCAAGGUUUACGAUACUAUCCGCGAAAUGAUCCGCAAGAUCAAGAAGGGGAAGUCAUCAUCGAACAACGCAGGUAUCGCGGGGACUAUCGCGAGAGACGAGGUACGCGUCGAUCGAUCCGCGCCGGCGAAUUGGCGUCGAUCAGGCAGACGACUAUUGUCGAGUGGAAAAUCCAGCUAUAUCGCGGAUGUCGACGAUGAGUAUUACGAGGAUGAUGAAAGCGAGACGGACGUAGAGAAUGACUCGGCUAGCGAUAAUGAAGCUAUCGCCAGGAGGGAUGAUUUAUCGGACCUGGAGAAUCUAGUUGGCCUGCGCGGGGAUCGAGAUCCGCGGAAAUUGGCGGCCGAGACGGAUCGAUCAGAAGGCGGGAACAUCGAUGCUGCGCGAACUAUAGUGCCGGAGAAAGGAACAGUUGAGGCCAGGGAUGCUGCAAUAAUUUCUGAUGUGCAAACGGUUGAACAAGCAAUCUCGAGUAACAAUUAUAGGAAUAACAGGAAAGAAGUUGCGAACACAAACACAAAUUCUAAAGAACACAACAUUGAUGCUGUUCUCGAAUCGACUUAUCCCGCCAAAUUCAACGAUAAGAUAUUAGAAGCUCCUAUCGAAAACGAAGAAAAAUCUGAUAUCAAAAACAUUGUCAAUAAUAGGAAUUUUGCGAAGAAGAAAACUUUCGAUAUUCCUGAAAAUAGUUUAAGAAGCUUUCAAACUUACGAAGAAAUUGACGAAGAGCCACUUUCAUUAAACGAGAAGAUCAAUAAAGAUAAUUCGCAAGACGAAUCUCUUUACGGAACUCAGCCCACACUUGCAUUCCCUAUGACAGAAAGCUCUUUUACUACGACUAAUCAGAAUCUAUCAGGUGUUGAAAAAACAUUUGGCAACGUUGAUUUCUCACAAAGUUCAAUAACGCCGAAAAACGAAGAAAACAUAAAAAUUUCAUUAAUUGGAAGAAUUCAAGUGAGCGGCGGUUUCAAUCAGACGCCGGUGCUGAUAAGCUUCGAUGCCAUUCCCGAUAGAUCUGCUGCAACUUCAGUUUCCGCAGGUUCAUCGAACACUAUCGUGACGGUCGAGAGCACAGCCAUUAAUCUCCUACUCGAUGAUUCAAGCGCGGAAUCCACAUUUGAUCUCUCAUCCAUAACCGAACGCGCGAAUGACGAGGCGGAUGAUUCGUUAAACAUGAUAUCGGGCGAUGAUCGAGAAGUCGAGAGGAUGAACGAAGUCGCGAUAAAGUCGCGUGAGAAGUUUUUCGAUUUGGCGCGAGGAAAUGAAGAAGAGCAAAAGAAAAAAGAAAAUUCCCCCCGAAUCGAAAAGAGAUUGGACAAGUAUAACAGAAACUCGGGAUCGGACAAACAGGUAAUUCUAACGGACUACUUGAAGCCGGCGAUUGCGUCGGACGACAAAAUCGACAGAACGUCAAGCAUCGGAAAGACGAUUUCUGCACAAGCUGACGAGGCGACAAACAAAUUAAAUCCACGUUCAUCCGUAAGUCCGGUACGUUUUCCAGACAUUUUAGGAUCCGUUCUGAUUAACAAUAAUAGCUUGAAAAAUGAGGACGCGAUUAAAGAAUCUCGGAGUCGAACAGAUACUCCUUCGAUCGAGACAAAUCGAUUCGAUUCUAAAAAUACGACUCUUCAUAUCGUACCGUUGACGCGUGACAGAAAUAAAGAAUUAAAUUUCAAUUUUACGAAAGAUGAGAGUAACAAGACGAUAUGUUGUCCCGGCGAGGACUGGCGAAACGCCACUUCCGGCGGUUGUUACAGAAUGCCGACGACCGUUCGGAAACUUGAACUUCCCGAGACGACUUCCCGCGAGUUGCAAACUUGGAGCAAUUAUCGCGGCAGUGAUCCCGCAGAAACUUUUCCGUCUGGAAUCCGCAAAGCGGUUACAAACGACCGAAAUGCGGGAAUCACGAGGUCCUCGUCGUCAAUGCAAUCGCGGGACGGCGUUUCUGAAACCACGAUGGAAUACACGACGAGUAAGACGCUUCUUGCUGAAACAUCGUGCGGCAAAUGUAACAAUGAAUCGACGAACGCAGUUCGCGUAAAAAAUAUGAUGGCUAUCAUAAGAUUCGUGAUGAAACUGCUGAGAAUCGUCUCAGAGGAGGAGAAGCCUCCUGGAACUCAUAUCGGACAAACAAUAAUUCACGUAAAGGACACUGUCGUUAAUGCGUCAAGUUACAGUCGGAAUAACGUCGAAAAGCAGCAGAGUAUCACUGAUAGGACAACGACGGCAUCGGAGAGAAAGAAGCAGAAUCCUAUGAUCACUGAGUGGCGGUCGACGGAAAGGAUUCGCGCGGAAUCGUUAUCUAUGGACGAAAAUACUUUUGAGUCCUUCACCCAAGCACCGUCUCAUCCGAUAGUAUUCACCUUGCCAACUUCUUCCGACGAAGUGCUCAAGGACGAAAGAUCAUCUACGCUCUUUGAGACUUCUACGAAACGGAAUGCUCUCGCUUUAUCGAGCGCAACUUCUUCCGCAACGCCGAAGUCCUUUCUAUUUUACGAGCGGAAGUCGCCUCCGAGCGGAAGUCGACUCAAGGACGUGUCUCGAGAGAAUACAAACGCCGAUCCAACGGGCGUGAAACAAAAUUCGAACGUUGCCUCUAACGAGUCAAAGGCGGAUUCGGGAGGAAAGGAAUCACGAUUGGACGACGGCCAAACGAAUCGCUUGUGGCCGCAAAAUCAAGAUCGAAGGCCCGCUGCCGAUCGACUUCGCCUCGGUAAACAAGAAAUCGCGUCAACGACAAAUUUCAAAAGGAAUAGAAUCGCGUCGGCAUCUUUUCGACAGAAAUAUCUGGUGAGAAGUAAAAACGGAGGAUUUCGGUGGACCGUUAACGAUACUAUCGGACCGAUGCUCUUGCGCGAUUCCGACGUCUCGCGCGGUGCUUUAUUAGGAAGAAUCGGCGCGGCGAGAGAAGACAAAUCCGGCCGCUCGACGAGAUCAGGGAAGGCCAGGAGAGCGAGGGUAUCAGAUCGGCACGCCACGAGAACGAAAUUGCUUAAUAGCUCCGCGGGAGGAGGUUCACCGGCAGAUUGGAUCGGGGAACAUAGGGCGACCGCGCGGCUACCGGUCGAUAAGAAACGCCGGGAAUCGGGCAGAACUAUGGCGACGGAAAAAGUCGCAUUUCGGCGUGUCCGCGGCGAGAUUAACCGCCCUCGUGACCCAAAUCGCGGCAACAGUGGGAGUGAUUCGUUUAAGAUCGAGGAACGUGGCGUCAUCGGAAGCGACCCCGCGGCGAAACUUUCGACCGACGAUGCUUUAUCCAUCAGAGGAGGAUUAAGUUCGUUAGAAAGAGCAGAUUCCUUGAAAAAAGCAAACGCAAUUCGAUAUUCGCCGACUUCGACUGGCAAUAAUAAUCCCAGCAUUUCUGAAGUCGGCGAAGAAACCUGGAAAGAACAUAUAAGCGCUUCGGAAAAGAAACGAGAUAUCGGCGAGCAUCGCGAUUUUCAGAAAAGUAAUCGCGUAUUUAAAAAGCGGAAGGUUCCGAGCCCGACAAAGAAGAAAAAAACAAAGUGGCAAAAAAAGAAGCGGAAGAAGGGCGGUCAACGGAAAAACGUCGCGAAGGUUGGAAAUCAGCGUUUCAAGAGACAUUUAUUAAUGACGCCUCUCGAAUCGGAACCGGUGUAUAACGUCGAUGACGUCGCGGCGGGACUUCCGAGACGCCAUAUAGCUGAGGAACGAGAUGUUGAUGAUUUUCGGAAGUCCGCAGGGAGAAACGCGAGACGGCGCAAAGACGGCGGUAGUCGAACGGUCGAUGGAUCGGAAGCCGAUCUUGGCCGCGCGCAAAUCCGGGGUGGUCAAGACUGCACGGAUCGCCGACACCCGCCGAAUACCGAUGCGGCGAAAUAUCUCGAGUCCGCGCAUUGUUUGCGUUUUAGUAAUCUAUGGUACUCUGUGUAUCAGCUGGAGGAUCCUAUUAUCGAGCACACGGUUUACCUUCAGGUUUAUGAAAAACGUGCUUUAGCAAAUGGAUCGUCUUACUGGGAGGAUCUCACCGGAAAUUCCGUAGUCAGGUCGUUUAUGCCGUCAGAUUGGGCACGUUCAACAGGCACCAUAGAGGCAGCGAAGAUACGAUCGCUUUCGCCUACAAGGAAGUGA